AUGGCUGACCCGCUCCGCAGGACGCUCUCCAAGCUGCGGGGCAGGAGGUCCCAGCGAGGGGCGGCUGCGGGCACCGGGCACCGCCACGGCGGGGUUUGCGCCCCGCAGGAUUUAAUAGAAAAUGUUUACAUAGCUUCAAGGAGCAGGAAGGAUCCCAGGUACCCACAGGCCAGCGAGGUUCCUGAGCACAGGCCGCAGGUGAACAGCAUUACUGUUUCCAAGAAACGCAGCUGGCUGCAGCAGAGCACACACCAACCUCCUCCUCCUCCAGAAGAAAAUGCCUGUAAGGAAACGCAUGGGGCUGUUAUCCUGGUACCCAAGUCUCCCAUCCCACUGCCUGAACCCACAGUGCCACGGGGUCCUUCUAUACCACCAGUGGGGUGGGAGCGCCCUGCACGAAGCUGUGCUCCUGUUGGUGCCCUGCCAAGCACGACAAGCCCUGCUGCACUGAGGAGUACUGUUUUGGACUUCAGUGAGGAAAACGAUGCAGAUGAUGAAGGUGAAAUAUGGUACAACCCAAUCCCUGAAGAUGAUGAGCCAGACUUGCUGAGAGUCUGCUCUUCUGCUGUGAAUAGCCCUGUUGCUGUGGGGUCCCCAGCGGUAUGGUACAACCCCCACCCUGGGGGUGACUCUGGGAUGGCCAUGGGUCCCCACGAGGGUGCCCCAUGCUCCACGGAGAGUGUGGGGAGCAGUUGGAUGGCUCAUCCAAGUGAAGUGAGUCAGGCCGAUACCUUGCAUCCCGGGGAGCACUUUCAACAGCAGCGGCAGAGGUUUGGCUGUAAAGCUCCGAGUGUGCCAGCAGUCGAGGACAAUCCUGCCUCUAAGUGCCCUUCAGCAGGGUCUGGAGUUGUACUUGCACACAAGGCUGAUAUACCCUCAACAGAGGUUUCUCCUCCAAGUCCCAGUCCUCUGAAAAAAAGUGGGUCAAUCAACUGGCCUUUCCCUGAUAGAAUUAAGUCUCCCAGGACUGUGAGGAAGCUUUCCAUGAAAAUGAAAAAACUGCCAGAGCUGAGCAGGAAGCUGAGUGUGAAGGGAACUUCGAGCCAUACUAGUUCAGAUAAUCCUCCUUCCCAGCAGAAAGGUAGCUGUCGAGAUACAAGCCAUACAGUGUCUUUGCCAUCUUCUGGAAACUCAAGCACAGCUGCCAGCAGGAAUGUAAUAAGCCGUUACCAUCUCGACAGCAGUGUGUCAUCACAACACACCUACAAAAAGAAAAGCUCAAGGAGCUCCAAAUCCUUCAGCAAAGGUGGUUACCUCAGUGAUGGAGACUCUCCUGAACUUAUAUCAAAAUCAGGUAAACAUGGGCAUGAAGCCAAGUGUGGGAAAGGAAAGGAGAGCCUUCCAAGUAACAGUGGUAAAACUGAAAUAGAUAUUGAUGCCUUCAGACACUACAACUUUUCGGAUCAACCAAAGUGCUCUCAGUACAUCUCUGGACUCAUGAGCAUCCACUUUUAUGGUGCUGAAGACUUGAAGCCACCAAGAAUAGAUUCAAAAGAUGUCUUUUGUGCAAUACAGGUUGACUCAGUAAACAAAGCAAGAACAGCCCUGCUUACAUGCAGGACAACAUUUCUAGAUAUGGACCACACGUUUAACAUUGAAAUUGAAAAUGCUCAGCACUUAAAGCUGGUGGUGUUCAGCUGGGAACCCACCCCACGGAAAAAUCGGGUGUGUUGUCAUGGAACUGUGGCUCUUCCCACUCUUUUCCGAGUGACGAAGACACAUCAGUUGGCUGUCAAGCUGGAACCAAGGGGGCUUAUUUAUGUCAAGCUGUCGCUCAUGGAGCAGUGGGAAAACUCUCUUGAUGACCUUGAUGCAGAUCAGGAGCCCGUGAUGUUUGGGGUGGAUGCUCGAAAAGUUGUAGAGAAGGAAAAUGUGGGCUUGAUGGUGCCACUUCUGAUGCAGAAAUGCAUUCUGGAGAUUGAGAAGAGAGGCUGUCAGGUGGUGGGACUGUAUCGGCUCUGUGGCUCAGCAGCAGUUAAAAAAGAGCUUCGGGAGGCAUUUGAGAAGGACAGCAAGGCUGUCACGCUCUCUGAAAGCCGGUACCCAGAUAUUAAUGUCAUAACAGGUGUCCUAAAGGAUUAUCUACGAGAGCUACCCUCUCCCCUGAUAACCAAGCAGCUCUAUGAAGCAGUGUUGGAUGCCAUGGUGAAAAAUCCCUUGAAAAUGACAGCAAACGGUUGUGAAAAUGACCCAAGUGACUCUGAGCACACUGCAGCCCUUUUGGAUUGCUUGCCAGAUGUUGAGAAGGCUACCUUGAAGAUGCUACUGGAUCAUCUGAAACUGGUGGCUUCUUACCAUGAAGUAAAUAAGAUGACAUGCCAGAAUUUAGCUGUGUGUUUUGGGCCAGUAUUACUGAGCCAGAGGCAGGAGACUACCAACCAUAACAACAGAGUCUUCACAGACUCAGAAGAGCUUGCUAGUGCUCUGGACUUCAAAAAACACAUUGAAGUUCUUCACUAUUUACUCCAGCUGUGGCCAGUGCGUCACUCACCUAUCAGAGAACCAGCACAUCUGAAUGCACCUCCUGAGCACCCAUCCUCACUGAAUUACCUGAGACCCAAGAGGCAGAGACCUCAAAUGCUGAAUCUGAGUGGUACUGAGAUGUCUGGAGUACUCAGACCAAGGCCAGCAGGUCUGGACAGCCCAUCAAGCAACCGCUAUGCUGGGGACUGGAGUAGUUGUGGGGAGAGCUACUUCUUAAACACCAAAGACUGCCUGAGUGAAGCAGACUACGAUGACGUCCCUUCGGAAGACACAGAGAGCGGAGAUGACAGCAGCAAAGCCGAUGAGUCGGAUGCUCUGGUGAGGCACCCCCAGCCCAGCCCCAGAGAGCACACAUUUCACAGCUAUUUGACAAUGCAAGCAAUAGACUCUGCAGUGGAUCACAGAGCAAACCUCAAAGACCUGCAGGAAAGUAUUGAUACUCUCAUAGGAAACCUGGAAAAGGAACUCAACAAAAACAAACUAAAUAUGAGCUAUUAA